AAUAAAACACGAUUGUGUUUUUUUCUAGGAUUUGAGCUAAUUGGUCAUAUCACCAAGACAUUAUACACUGACGAAAUAAACUGUGGAUUCACAUGCCUUCAAGAUGAAAAAUGCCUAUCUUACAACAGCAAAUCCCAUCCUGAUGAUGCAAAGAAGGAAUGUCAACUGAGUAACCAAACCGAAAAAUCAAGUCCGGAAAACCUGAGGCGUAACCCACGUUCUACUUAUUAUGGAAGAGGUACUGUUGAGUAAGGUGCUUAAAAUUAUGGAAAAGCUAGUGAAGGUGGGAGGGGGGGUAUGAAGGGUCGGAGUAUUUUGGUUGUCACAAUAAAGUUUUCCUUAUCCUUCCAUAACGUUCCGAAUUAUUCUAUCGAUCUUCCUCAUUGGCCGCCAAUUUCUUUAGUCCCACCUUUAAACUCUGUUAGCGACGACUGAUCCCCCCUCCGUUUCCUUUGAAAACCAUGAGAUGCCCCCUCCCACCCUUCCCACCCCUCCCACCCUUCCCACCCCUCCCACCCCCUCUUCCAAGCGAAAAGUGGUGACCUAUUUCUUACUUUUGGUCAGCGUAUGUAUAACAUAGCAUGUAUAACCUUUCCUGAGAGAAUAUGAAGUUUAAAAUCUCUUGCUUUUCCUUAUAAUGAUAGGUUUUCCAUUUUCUUAGUUUGAAUUGAAAGAUGUUAUGGAUCCUACAAAGAUUUACAAAAUCAUGAGCUAUCUAAUAAUUAUGCAAAAGUAACAACUUAUGGAAUAAGACCUCUGUGGCGUGUUUUGUUUCUUACUUUGAUCCUCUCAUCGUUCCAAAUGAUUAUUCUUCCCUUUUCCUAUGCAGAUAAAAGAGGUUGGGAUUCUGCUCAUCCGGCCUUCUCCUGUAAGGAAAUUCUGGACUCUGGACACUCCAAAGGAGACGGGGAGUAUUGGAUCGACCCUGAGAAGAGUGGGAACCCUUUGAAGGUCUAUUGUGACAUGUCAAGUUAUGGUGGUAAGAGAAUGAAUUUUUUUUUUGAGACACGAGGACUUCAACCGGAGUAUGUUUGACUUGGUGCAGUUGUUAUUGGAACGUUCUGGUCUUGGCUAUUCGUAUUAUGUUUUUAAUCAAAACAAUGGCAAAAUUCUCGAACGUGAUUUGUUAUCACCAGACGGCCGAUUUGAGCACUAAUAGGACAGUGUACGUGUCAUGCUUGUAAUUGGAUAAUGUAGUGGGACAGUUAAGGGGACAGUUAACGCGUCAUGCCUGCGUGAGUAGACAGAUAGCGUCAUGUGUGUGCUGUUGUCUCGCAUUUCGCCGAGUUAACUUAUGUUUUUUUGUUUUUAUGAAAACGCAUGUCUAGUUUCUUUCACAAAUUUUAACACAGUUUUGAUUAAUUGGUAACAGGACUUCUUGUCGUCCAAUUCUGUCUGUAAUGAUAGUCGUGAUUAACAAUUCGGUCUCCCGCUUUGCGGCCCUACGAUUUUGUUAAUCACUCGUAUGAUUUCAGACCGAACUGGACUCCGCUCGGUUCUGUUACCACUAUUAAUAUGUCCAAAAUUCUAUUUACAUAGAUGUCACCAGAUCAUUUAGGUUUGUUUUAUUUUAGGAGGUUGGCUCCUGGUGUCAAAUGUUGAGUUCGGCAGCCCCUCUUCUAAGGUGUCAGUUGAGACAUCAUACCGUGGGAUAGGUAAGUCAUACAUGGUUCUGCAGAAACGUGCCAUGAAAGAGCUCAGAAGACACUUGUCCUUCACUCAGCUGAGAUUCCACUGCCACAAGAAACAGGGACGCACAUUCCACGUGGUCACAGCUUCCAACAGCUCAGGUGAAGCUGUGGUCCAGUACUUCAGCGGUCAGACAGAUGAGCAACCGGAUGCCUGUGGUUCGUUUGUGAGAUUGAAGUUGGAUGACAAUUCCAAGUUAGCUGACAUUUGCAAAGAUUGGGGACAAGUAAGUGGAGAGUACUUUGUUGGAAAGUGGGGACAUGGUGAAGAUCAAAACAGGCUAUACUGGUAUCCCGCAUUCAAAGUACAUGCGUAUCACCUUAGGGUCCACUUGAAUAACGUGGGUGACCUUAAUGUAAUGCAAUGCGAUGAUGUUGCCUCUCAGACCGUUAACACAAUCGGCGAUUUCUGGAGAGUAUUUGUUCGUUAG